AUGACCCAGUCCAACAAAGAGAUACCUAUCGAAUAUAUUGGUCAGACAACAGAUGACAACACAACAUCUGGUUUUGUCGCUAAGCGAGUGGUUGAAAGAACAGAGAUAGAAACGCUUCAAGUGGAAAUCCAGCUCUGGAAACGGCGAUUUAUGGAUCUAUCAAAGGCGGCGCUUAAUACUUCUGAGACCAAUACCAACCUAAUGCAAUAUAUACGCUACUUACAAGGUCGGCUUGUUAAGACUGGCGUCGCGUUCUCAGACUAUGGAGCCAAGACCUCUCAGUCCAGCCUCACUGCGCCUUCCCUGACACAGGCUGUAGAGCAAGUUGAGGAGACAUUUUGGGAACGAAUAUGGAGAAUGUUGCUUUCCCUGGUUUUCAAGACCGGAACAUCGGCAACUCUGGCUAGAGCUAAUGGCAACAUUCUAUCAACACUGAAUACGAGCGUCUCUGUGGAUCCGGUGCUCAAUCGUGAUUGCGUGACAGGGCCAGCUUUGGGGGAGCCGACGGCAACCAACGUAAAUCCACUCAAUGAUACACAAGCCCAACAGGACUCGCAGAGCAUGACAAGUCUUGAAAAUGGGAUCAGAGUCCACUCAUCUUCGUCAAUAUUUGGUGAUGACGAUCACAGUGAACACCGCAUACUAUCGAAAGCGAAUCAUCGACGCAUUGACUCGAGAACGAUUUGUCCAUAUGCACGCCUCUAA